AUUUCCUUUUAGACUCCAUAGUGGAAGUGGACGCUUCGUGGAAGCCAUUUUACUUUUCGUGUAGAUUUUCACAUAAUUUUAUUUUCUAAUCUGCCGGUAAAAGGUAAAUUACUAAUUCACUCUAAACUUUUCCUACUGACACUAUCAAGUUAUAUAAAACAAUAAAAUGGGGGACGCAAAGUCGUUCCUUCAUCAAUUUUGUCAAAAGAGUAAGCUAGAGCCGGUUUUUGAAGUUCGACCCACAGGGCCGAAACAUAGGCAAAGGUUUCUAUGUGAAGUUAGAGUUAAUGGUCACAGUUAUGUUGGGGCGGGUAACUCUACUAAUAAAAAGGAUGCCCAGAGCAAUGCAUCCAGAGAUUUUGUUAAUUACCUUCUUAGACAGGGUUUAAUUGCUCGUACCGAUAUUCCAUUUGAUUUAGACGCAGCUCCUGUUUUAACAGGCCAAGCUGAGCCACAAAUAAGUGAUGUUAAUAAACCACAGCAUCAAGUCUUUGGACAAGGAAUGGGUCCAUCCAAUUAUGGAGAAGCGUAUCGGCCACGAGGUGCUGAUGAAGGUAAAUGGCAUUACAUGGACCGAGCGCAAGAUCAAAAACGUAUGGAAGAAGCUGAAGAUUUGGAUGUUAACGCGGCAAUUCAUGGUAACUGGACAGUAGAAAAUGCUAAAUCAAAAUUACAUCAAUUUAUGCAGUCAAACAAGAUCAAUACAGAUUAUAAAUACACUCAAGUUGGACCUGAUCACUCAAGAUCAUUUGUGGCAGAAAUCAGUUUUUAUGUAAAACAGUUAGGAAGAACAAUUCAUGGAAGAGAUGGCGGUUCAAAUAAACAGACUGCCAGCAAGAGUUGCGCUCUUUCAAUGGUCAGGCAACUAUUUCAUUUAGGUGUUAUUGAGGCUUUUUCUGGGACGUUGAAAAAGGAGAAAAGUGCUGCAGAAAUGGAGCCAUUUGAAGUAAGAGUGUCGCCAGAUCUACAAAGACAAAUUCAAGAUGUAUUGUCUGAUUUAAAUGUAAAGCCGAUAAUGAUCAAGCCAGAAGCAUCAGACCAGCCAGUUUCACUAUUAAGUUCACAUGUACUAGAUGAUUUUCAUCCAGCUGACCCAACACAAGCUGGUGUGGUUCCAUGGUCGCCUCCGCAACAAAACUGGAAUCCUUGGACAGGCUGUAACAUUGAUGAAGGAUUCUUGGCGACGGCAACAAUGGAACAAAUAAGCGAACAUAUGCUGGAAGAAGCUAAACUGAAGCAAACCUCAGACACAAAGUUACAGGAUGCUAUUUCUGGAAGACAGAAAUUACCAGUAUUCUCGAGUAAAGGAAGAUUAAUGGAGGCUAUUAAUGAGCAUCCCGUUAUCAUAAUUAGAGGAAAUACUGGUUGUGGAAAAACAACACAAGUUUGUCAGUUUAUCUUGGAAGAUUAUAUCAUGUCUGGUCAAGGAGCGUGGUGCAGCAUUGUUGUGACGCAGCCGAGACGUAUAUCUGCCGUUUCUGUAUCUGAAAGAGUAGCCAAUGAACGUUGUGAAGAUUUAGGCCAAUCUGUUGGAUAUUCUGUAAGAUUUGAAUCAGCGCUGCCGCGACCUUAUGGUUCUGUAUUGUUCUGUACUGUAGGAGUUUUACUAAAGAAGUUAGAGAAUGGUUUAAGAGGUGUCAGUCACGUCAUUGUGGACGAAAUUCACGAAAGAGAUGUAAACAGCGACUUCAUAAUGGUCGUAUUGCGUGACAUGGUUCACACCUAUCCCGAUUUAAGAGUCAUUUUGAUGAGCGCAACUAUCGACACUUCAUUAUUUUCAAGAUAUUUUAACAACUGUCCAGUUUUUGAAAUCGAAGGAAGAGCUUUUCCAGUUAAACAGUAUUUCUUGGAAGAUUGCGUCGAACUGACAAAUUUCAUUCCUCCAAUGGAUCAAAAAAAGAAAAAUAGAAACAAAAAGGACGAAGAAGAUGAGGACACAAUUUCAAAUGAGGACAGCGAUGAAAACUUGAAUAAAGUUAUCAGCGGUCAAUAUUCAAUACAGACUAAAAACGCUAUGGCUAGACUAAACGAAAAGGACAUUAGUUUUGAAUUAUUGGAAGCUUUAUUAGGCUAUAUUAAACAACAAGAAAUUGGAGGUGCUGUUCUAGUAUUUUUGCCUGGUUGGAAUUUAAUUUUUGCCUUGAUGAAACAUUUACAAAAGCAUCCUGUUUUUGGAGGCGCCGGUUACUGUAUUUUACCUCUUCAUUCUCAGAUUCCUAGAGAGGAUCAAAGAAAGGUGUUCUUACCAGUUCCAGAUCAUGUCACCAAAGUUAUUUUGGCUACAAAUAUUGCUGAAACAUCUAUAACGAUUGACGACGUAGUGUUUGUUAUUGACAGUUGCAAAGCUAAAAUUAAAAUGUAUACAUCUCAUAACAAUAUGACAAGUUACACGACUGUAUGGGCUUCGAGGACGAAUUUGGAGCAACGUAAAGGUCGUGCCGGUAGAGUACGGCCAGGUAUAUGCUUCCAUUUAUGCUCGAAGGCAAGGUUUGAAAAGCUUGAUGAACAUAUGACUCCGGAAAUGUUUAGGACUCCCCUACACGAACUUGCGUUAAGCAUUAAGCUGCUGAGAUUGGGUGCUAUUGGCCACUUUUUAUCUAAAGCUCUUGAACCACCACCAUUGGAUGCUGUAAUAGAAGCCGAGGUUUUGUUAAAAGAAAUGAAGUGUUUGGACAAAAAUGAUGAACUAACUCCAUUGGGACGCAUCAUAGCUAAGCUUCCAAUCGAACCUAGGUUGGGAAAAAUGAUGAUACUAGGAUGUAUAUUUAUGUGUGGCGGUCCGUUGGCUACUAUGGCGGCCAAUUCGUCAACAUUUCCAGAAAUCUUCACUCUUGAAAUUGGACAAAGAAGAUUGAGCGGUCGACAGAGAUCUCUAGCUGGAGAUAGGCACUCAGAUCAUGUUGCAAUGCUUACAGCAUUUGAACUAUGGGACCAGGCUCGGCAGGGUGGCGAAGAAAGAGAAAUCAAUUUUUGCGAUCAGAAGGGUAUUAGUUUGCCCACGAUGCGCGUGACUUGGGAAGCGAAGUAUCAGUUGCAACAAAUUCUUAAUAAUUGCGGUUUUCCCGAAGAAGCUAUGGCUCCCUUGCCCAUGGAAACUGUAGGUCCAGAUCCGAGACUAGAUGCUGUUAUGGCAUUGAUGUGUUAUGGGCUGUAUCCAAAUGUGUGUUAUCAUAAGGAAAAGAGAAAGGUUUUGACAACCGAAAGUAAAGCGGCAUUAAUUCAUAAAACAUCGGUGAACUGUAGCAACUAUGACCUGAACUUUCCUUAUCCGUUCUUUGUGUUUGGCGAAAAAAUUCGUACCAGGGCAAUUUCCUGCAAACAAAUGUCAAUGAUUACACCACUUGAUCUGCUACUAUUUGGUUCUAGAAAGGUUGAUUGGAUCGAUGGUGUAGUUCGACUAGACAACUGGAUCAACCUAAAAAUGGACCCUCAAGUUGCGUCACAAGUUGUUGCUUUGAGACCUGCACUGGAAAGUUUGGUAAUUCGGGCGUCUCAAGAUCCAGAACAAAUUAUGGAAAUGGGCGAUACUGAUAGAAAGGUGAUAUCGUGUAUCAAAGAAUUGUGCAAACUCCAUGCCGGUAGCUUUGAAAUAGAGAGGAACACUGGUGGUAGUGUCAAUAUGGGUAUGGGCAAGAGACCGCCAAGAGGACAUAGUUUAGGAGGCUAUUCAGGACCACCUCCUAAAAGAGGCCGUGGUGAUUUUGGUGGCAGAGGUGGUUUUGGUGGACGAGGUGGUUUUGGAGGCAGAGGUGGCGGAGGAUAUGGUGGAGGUGGUGGAGGAUAUGGUGGAGGUGGAGGAGGAUAUGGCGGCGGAUAUGGCGGUGGAGGCUAUGGAGGAGGAGGAGGUUUUCGAGGUGGCUUUAGAGGUAGAGGACGUGGUGGAUUUGGUGCCAGUGGAGGAUUUUAGAAUAUUCAUUAUAUAAAAAAUACAUUAUUUAACUUAAAUUAAAAAUAAAUCAA